UGCGCAAGAGUUUUCUAAAAUCCUGUGAAAACACAAAUAUUUUGUACAUUUAGAGCAUUUUCACAAAAAUGUCGAUGACUUUCACCGCACCAGGGUUUCAUGGCUAUGCAGUGGAGUUUUCUCCAUACUCUGGACAACUUUUAGCUGCUGCCACAUGCGAAAAUUUUGGAGUAGCAGGUACUGGCAGACUCAUCAUACUCCAAGUCGCCCCGCAAGGCAUCGCUCCAGUAGAAACAUUUAACUGGCCAGAUGCACUCUUUGACGUGGGCUGGUGUGAGAAGGAUGAGAAUGUACUCCUUACAUGUGCUGGAGAUGGCAGCAUCCAGGUCUGGACCAGAGGACAAUCCCAGAAACCAGUGAAACUUUUUAAGGAACACACAAAAGAGGUUUACAGUUUGGAGUGGUCACAAACCCGAGGACUGGAUGCGUUCGUGAGUGGUUCAUGGGACCAUACCCUCAAAUUGUGGGAUCUCAAUAACCAGUCUUCAUUGGCUACAUUCCAUGGCCAUGACGGAAUAGUUUACAGCACCAAGUGGUCGCCACUUAUUCCAGGAUGCAUAGCAUCAGCUUCAGGUGAUCACACUGUCAGACUAUGGGACAUAAGGGGACCACAAUCACCGAAACUAGUCAUCACUGCACAUGACGCGGAGGUUCUAACCUGUGAUUGGUCAAAAUAUAACCAGAAUAUGUUGGUGAGUGGAGGAGUAGAUGGAGAGCUGCAUGUUUGGGACAUCAGACAGCCACGGAAGCCUAUGAUGGUCAUGGCGGGACAUAAGUAUGCUGUUAGAAGACUAAAGUGUUCCCCAUUUUCGGAAAACAUAGUAGCUUCUUGUUCUUAUGAUAUGACUAUGAGGUUUUGGGAUCUGAAUACUUGUUCAGAAUGUGAGAUGAUCGAACACCACACCGAGUUCAUCUAUGGUUUGGAUUUUAAUCUUCACAUCCCUGGCCAGAUGGCAGACUGCGGCUUUGAUUCCCUGAUACAUGUCUACACUCCCAAUUGUCUGAAAACUGCACCAGAAGGACCAGGCUAGUUCGACAGCUUCUCUUGAAAAAUGCUUUGUAACAACUAACUUCUUGUCAUGACAUUCAGAGGUGAGAUUGAUUGCUGUAAUAAGAUGUGAUUGUGAACUGCCAAAUGAUGCCUUGUGAUCGAUUUGUGUCUGUGAUACAUGUAUAUUAAAAUCU